GUGCUUAUUGAUCCUGUACCUUUUGUGCUUAGUGAAAUUCACUUUUUCAAGCUGCUACAAAUAUCUCAUUUGUUAUAAGAUUACACCAUUUAAAAAGUUAUUUUGGGUCGAAAAAGCUUUGAGAAGAGUUUGGGAUUCGAUACGCGUUGCAGAACAUUACAAAAGAGUGUCAGAUUAUUGGAAAAGUGGUAGAACCUAAACCAGGACACAAAAUCUUAAUCUGCAUAUGUUAUGUCACUGGUUCUAGUGAAAUGAAAAGUGAUUUUCCAUCGAAACUCGUACUCACAAUUUGUUUAAAUAAUGUACUAGCGAUGAGACCAAGGUUGUAAAAAAUCUCCAAAAACUAACAACGGCUGUUGAGUACUCAGUGGUGAACAAGGUUCCUAAAAUCAUCUGUUAGUGAAACGAAGCUGCAAAUUAUUGAUUGCUCAGCCUAAAAAUGCAGCCAUUCUCAAAUAACGAUUACGGUGGGAAUGAAUAUGGCAAUUAUAAUCAACAACAACAACAAAACAUUCCAAUGCAACCUCAAGGGGUCGCCAGGCCAAUGGUGGACCCGGAAGCAAUGGGAGAGGUUGACCCUAAUCUCUACCCACAAGCAAAGGAAGCGACGCACAAGAUUCGAGGAAAGUCCGAUAUUUUGGAGAUGCUGUGCGGAUCCGUGGACCAGGAGCUGCUUCCCGUGAAAACCUUUUACUUUUUCUUCUAUGCUGCGUUCGGGUCACUUUUUCCACUGAUGGGAGUUUACUUCAAGCAAAUGGGCAUGAAUCCUGGCCAGUGCGGACUACUCAUCGGAACCAGACCGUUUGUGGAGUUUUUGUCCGCACCUUUCUGGGGUAGCUACGCCGAUCGCUGUAAAAAGGGAAAAAUGCUGCUUCUCGCUUCGUUGGCCGCUUGGAUUAUCUUUACGUUGCCUCUGGGAUUCAUCCAACCGCCGGCAACCAGCUGCAUCGAGCGAAAGAACGCAACCGACUUUGAGCUUCGUACGCCUCAAGUUCCACGAAUACUGAAGCGUUCGAUCGACGAACGCAUGCUGGAGGAGGCUUCGUUUGGAAAGUAUACCGAGCCGGAGGACCAUUUUUCGAGAGUGGAAAGAGCGGCCCGACCAAUCGCUGCAGCCGGACAAUCCCCGUUGGGUGUGAGCUAUGCUAAUAACUUUAAUGAGAAAUUGCACAGUGACUGGGUGUCUCCACUAUUUUCGUCUAUUGUGUACAGAACUGCUGAUAUUCAAAAAGCAUUUUUCUUACUCUUGUUGCUCGUUAUUAUCGGCGAAUUCUUCAGUGCUCCAGCAAUUACACUUGCUGAUUCGGCAGUAAUUACGAUUCUUGGAGAGGAUGCCGAUCGAUACGGGCAUCAAAGAAUGUUCGGUUCGUUGGGAUGGGGCUUGGCAAUGUUCUUCGUGGGUAUAGCUCUAGAUCAUUCAACGGCUUUCCCUGAUCACCCUUGCGGUCCGGAAAAACAAGAGAAAAAUUAUUCCAUUUGCUUUGCCACAUUUUCCGUUUUGAUGGGUGCCGCCCUAAUCUCUGCAACUCAAAUUAAUUUUAAAUAUGAUUUUUCGGAACCUCAAGAACCUCAGACAGAAAAGGUUACCACAGAGCCUACUCAUGAAGAGCAAAUGCAAAAUCAGUUGGCCGAACAGUUGCAGCUUCCCGCAUUGGCUGCUUCCAGUGGCAUGGCCAGCGCGGCUCCUCCACCGCAAGCUCUGGGAGCACAAACUAAAAUGUUCGCUCAAACAACACGUGAAAUGCCCGAGUGGGUCACCGUCUUAAGGCAAUUCAAGGAUCUCAAAUGCGUCUCAUUUCUGUUUGUGGCCUGGUUUAUGGGAUUCGGUAUUGGACUCAUCUUUACGUUUUUGUUCUGGCACCUUCAAGACUACGGUGGAUCCCCAACCCUGUUUGGCGUUGCUUCCGUCAUUAAUCACAUUUCGGAAAUUUUUGCGUAUUUCUUCAGCUUCCGUUUGAUCACCCAAAUUGGCCACGUGAAGGUUCUUUGCCUUGGCUUGGUUGGGAAUAUUUUGAGAUUUUUGUACAUUUCCUAUCUGAAAAAUCCAUGGUGGGUUCUUCCAUUUGAGUUUAUGCAAGGCAUUACCCACGCUGCAGUUUGGGCUGCCUGUUGCUCUUACAUUGCUCACAAUACGCCCCAACAUUUAAGAGCUUCGGCCCAAGGAGUGCUCCAAGGACUGCAUCACGGACUUGGAAGAGGUUGUGGAGCUGUAAUUGGUGGAAUGUUUGUCAACUACUUCGGAACAACGGCCACCUUCCGUGGUUACGGUGUAAUUUGUAUUUUUGUACUUGCCGCAUUUGUGUUUAUCAACUUCUAUCGAAAAGAGCAAGGUUUCAUCUCGGAAAUACCAACCACUGAAGAUCCUCACCAGGUGGCUGAAGAAAUGGCACACUUGGCUCCUCACGGAGUUCCUAGCAAUCCAAUUCCACGAGCUUUGUCCAGUACGCGACUAAAUGAGAUUGGCAACCAGAAUGCUGACAAUGGAUACGGAACUUAUCAAACUACCGGAGGAGCACUAGAUGUUCCUGGCGGAGCUCCGCGCAAUCCUUUCGCUGCACCACAAAAUAACAGCUACGGAGGCAAUCAGUACUAAACACAAUGCUUUAGUAUUUCACGUUGUAGGCUAGGGUUAGAAAUAACGGCUCAUAGUAUUCAUCGACCAUUUUCAUAAAAGAGCGUAACCGAAACUGUUUGCAAGAUGUGCUCCCCUGUAUGGUAUCUGGAAUCAUUAUUGAUAACACUCAAUGUGUCUCAGGUGUUACCGUCAUUGGAAAAGUAAAUCUUAUGUUUUACCAACAUAAAAAUGAUGAUGCAUUUCAAUCAAAGCCAAAAUUUUGUAUGAUUGCAGUUUAGUUUCUAAACAUUACCCUUAACAUGCAUUUUGUCAAGUCGAGUUUCUCUAAACUUUCUGUAACAAGAGAGGAAAUCAACAUGCUGGAAUCGUAAAUUAUCACACCAAAAUCAACGGUAAAAAACUACAUCCAAAUCAUUCAGUUGUUAAACACACCCACCUAAUCAUUCUAGGUCACUAAAAUUUAUCUUCUAAACUUUCCUUCAAUGAUGUGUUAUUCUUGUAGUAUAUAAAACAAAUUAGCACGCAUAAUAACAAUCUAGCUUUUAAGGUAUACAAAUAAACUACUAAUAGUUCAAACAUUAAAACUACUCAGAACUAAGUCUAGUCUUACCUGUUAUUGAUCUAUAACUAAAUACUCUGUUUCUAAAUUGUGUUAUCACAAGGACGGUAAUGUUUUGUUAAAGGACUUAGCGAUUGGCACAAACAUUCACGUUAUGAGUUAGACUGUAUUAGAAAAAUGAUUGUUAUUGUUGUUUUACAAGUUAUUUAAAUGACACCUCUACUGUAAGCUUCAGAAUGCAACCAAAUAUGUAUCUGUUAAGAAUCAAACAAAUUCAUCUAUCUAUAAUUUUCUACUUUAACCCAACUACUUCAGUGACAUUUACACAUUGCCUUUUCAUGAUUUAGCUCAGAAACCCCUCCCAAUUAACUUGCACAUACGCUUUCAACCACUUGCACAACGAAUUAAGUCGUCCAUCCUGAUUUAGGAAAGUUAUUAUUUUAACAAUGAAUAUUCAAACGCAUUACUAGGGUAUACAAAUUGCGUGGCAGCAAAAGCUUUAUUAAAACGAGUCGUAUAGCAUAUCAGUUUUCACUACAAAUUUUAAUAUAAUGUAGCAUCAGAGUAUUGGAGUAUUUAAUGAAACGAUAGAAAAUUACUAUUUACCAUAUUUACAAAUAUGCAAACUGUUUCUAACUAAAUUCAAUGAAAUCUGCCGAAAAUAUCCGAAAAUAACCCAGCUUCUACCAACAUUUGCACGAUUUGUAUCCUUCAAUGAAUGUUUUCAUAAAAUUCGUUUAUAAAAAAUAAAAUCCAGGAUGGAAACUUCGAAUAAAAUGAUAACAAAUUGCAUGCAGUGUAUUGUCCUUAAUUGUAUAACUGACUGAAUAAAAUCCGAUGCUUCGAGCAUCACCAUCAAUGAUAUGUAUUUACAGUUGAAUCAAGAAAUGGAAAAGUAUUGAUGUUAAACGAAAUCGUAAAAAAUGACAAGUAUUAAAAAAGCAUUAUAAAUAACCAUUACCAGGAAUGAAAUGAUGUACAGCACUGAAAUGAAUGUAACACUUAACAUAAUUCACAAUAUUAUAAACAUACAAAUGAAAAGCACUUCUAAAUUGUAAUACAUCUAAAAGCGAAAUUCGUUAAAAGAAAUAAAUAAUAAAAUG